AUGGCAACCAAAAAACUCAAAGUGAUCGGCGACAAGGAUCUCCAGAAGCUGAAAAAGGAAUCCAAAUGUUGCAUCAUUAUAAACGAUCUGGUGUAUGACGUCACUGCGUUUUUGGAACACCCUGGGGGAUUCGAUGUUCUGAAGGAGCAUGAUGGAAAAGACGCAACGGAGGCCUUCCAACAAAUAGGCCACUCGCCCAGCGCAAAGAAGCUGAUGAAGAAAUUCCUUAUUGGCAUUCAAAAGAACUCGACCCUCUACAACAAAAAGGCAGCUACAAAGAUGGUGAAGGGUAAGGAGGAGUUCGUGGACUAUUCCGAAGAGGAAACAAAAGAGGAAACAGAAGCAAAGGAAGGCGCAGACGCGAAUGGGAAGACUUCCAAAAAGGAGAAGCUCCCAGAGGAAGAAAAAGUGAACUAUCCCCUUGUAGCAUCGGCUAUCCUCCUCUUCAGCAUCACAUAUUAUUUUUUGUUUUUAAAAAAAUAA